AUGCAGUUCUCCACUCUCCUCAUUGCUGCCGGCGCUGCCGUUGUCGCUGCUGAUAGCACGUCGACUCUGACUGCCACCACCACCAAGACUUACACCAUCACUCAGUGCCCCGAGACCGUCACAGACUGCCCUUACCGCACUCCUACCGUCCCUGUGACCACCUCUGAGGCUGCUGCCACCACCACCGAGGCCACUUCUGCUGUUGAGAUCACCACUUCUGCUGCCGAGACCUCCUCUGCUGCCCCAACUUCUUCUCACUACUGGCCCGUCUCCAACUCCACCUCUGCCACCGCUGUUGGCACCAACCCCGUCGGCACCACUGCUCCCACCACCAUUGUCACCAUUCCCUCUGGCACUGGUGUUCACCCUACCGGCCCUGCCGGCAGCGGUCCUUCUGGCACCGGAAGCGCUCCCCCUACCGUGCCCACCAGCGGUGCCGCCAAGGAGAUGGCUCAGUCUGGCGUCAUUGCCGUCGCCCUGGCUGCCGUCUUUGCCCUCGUCUUCUAG